UACAACCAUUUGGUACCAAUCAUUUGCUAUUUUUUUUUAGGACUUUUCUCAAACACCUUGGCUACACUUGAAUUUCUCGGUUUUGGUCCUUAAAACUUGCCUCUUGAGCCAUGGGCUGUGUCAACGGUAAGUUUUGUAGCCGGUACCUAGUGUCAUUGGACAUCGAUUCCCCACAGUACCUCGAAAUGGGUCCGUAUAGUCUGCAAGGCAAACACAUACUAACCCAGAGAUCCUUGAAGUCUGUACCUGUUCCUUCACACAAUUUCCAUUUGGAGUACUCGUUUCUCACGCAGCGUGGUUACUACCCAGACUCGCCGGAUAAAGAAAACCAAGACAGUUUCUGCAUUAGGACUCAAAUUCAAGGUAACCCAAAUAUCCAUUUCUUCGGUGUAUUUGAUGGGCAUGGUGAGUUUGGUGCACAGUGUUCAAAUUUCGUUAAGGAUAGGCUGGUAGAAAUACUAGUGAAUGACCCCGCACUACUGGAUGACCCUAUUAAAGCUUUUAACUCUGCAUGUUUAGCUACAAAUGAUGAGUUACAUAAUAGUGAGAUUAAUGAUUCAAAUAGUGGUACGACAGCCAUUAUGGUACUCGUUGUUGGGGACACCCUUUUCGUGGCGAAUGUGGGCGAUUCAAGGGCAGUGAUUGCAACGAAGGAUGGGAAUGAAAUUGUUGCUAAGGAUUUAUCAAGUGAUCACAAUCCGUUUAGGGAAGAUGAGUAUGCGAGAGUUAAGCUCUGUGGGGCCAGGGUUUUGAAUAUGGCCCAAAUAAAUGGGCUUAUGGAUCCAAAUAUUCAGUAUUGGGGUGAUAAAGCGUCAAAUGUUGACGGUCCUCCGAGGUUGUGGCUUCCGGAUCAGGACACUCCGGGCGCUGCGUUUACGAGGAGCAUGGGAGAUAAUGCAUCUGCACAUAUUGGUGUAAUUGCUGUUCCGGAGGUGUCGAGGCUUCAGCUUACAGCUAAUCAUCUUUUCUUUGUUGUUGCAAGCGAUGGGGUAUUCGACUCCCUCUCAAGUGAAGCAGUUGUUUAUAAGGUAUGACACAUGACC